GAACUGAACAAGUCGGAUUUGCCGUAAAAAAGCUUGUGGGAAAACUUGUCCCGAUACACGGUUCUCAGGCUACUCACGCGGCCGAUGAGGUCGCACAUUCGUCAAUGGAUGCUGCUGUGGACCAAAGGAAGACGGCAAUGACCAGCGCAGCUGAGUUUGCUGGUAGUGGCUUUUAUACUUCGCUGCCAAGUCAUUGUUUGACCGCCUCCGGCUCGUUUCCACCAUUCACGUGGCUGUGUGGAAAAAACCCUUCGAGGAAGUUUCGAUUGGUAUACGCAGCACGCAGCCAAGCCAGCGCAACCUAUGCAGUAUUCGAAUGGGUUGAGCUACUGGAUCCGAAGACCCAUCGCACAAUGUAUGUCAAUUUGUCUUCGGGCGAGUGUUGUUGGGAUCCUCCGCCUGAUAAGGAAAUCAAACCGAUGUCUUCCAACCAAUGGUGGGAACUGUACGAUGUGAAGGCCCAACGGAAUUACUAUUACAACAGCUGUAAUCGGGAAACCGUUUGGCAGAAGCCUGAAGCAGGCGACAUUAUACCUCUGGCCAAUUUGCAGCUACUGCAACAAACAGCACUGAGUACUCCCGUAUCAACAGUCAACGACAUUGGAGUUCUCCGUCGCACGGUUCCAAAGGUCAGUACAACUACUUGUACCGGCAGACGUACUCAGCAUCGCAAGUUACCGACAUCCGUUCUAGAAUGUCGUUCUCGUAUGACCCAGGAUCUAGAGGACUUCGCGGAAAAUCGUCGUCACACACAUCAGCUUACUGCGGAUGAUCAACAGCAAUCUCAGCUCCCUUCGGAUGGUACCAGUCAACGCAUACGUGACUGGUUGCGUGGAACUAAUUGUACAAUUGAAGACAAACCGCUUGUGAGCCUAUCGUGUGGAGACAGUAAAGGUCCGGGAUGCCUUUCGGAUAGACCUGUUCGCCGGGUGCAUCAGCUACCCACUCCAAUUACAAGCGUUCUGUCCAUCCCGGCAGAAAAUUGUCCUUCACUCGCAUCCAACUCACUCGGCACUAACACACAUAAUAUGCCCGAGCAACACGCAAAUAGUAGAAUGUCACAGAAUGGUCAUUCUGUUUUUCAUCCUGUUACCGAUGCACGGUAUGGGUUACCACAUACAUCUGUGCAUCCCAUCCGAAAUAGCAUAGCUGAGAGCCAAGUUCACAGUCACCUACAGUCUGUACCUGGAAGAGCACCAAACACCAUGUCGUUGCAGUCCCGUUUUGAUAACCGCAUUAUCAACAGCGCGGUUCCGGCCGCACCACUUAGCAACUUUACAGCGAAUGUUUCCGAGGUUCUCAAUAUCGUAUCUGACCAUUCGGUUAGCAAACCUGUUGUUACUGCCAUGGCAACCUCAGGAACCCCACCUAAAGAUACGUCAUAUCCAUCGAUUUCCCAUGAUCGCUCCUCCUAUUCUUCUUUGUCGUCAGUUGAACCUAUCCCAGCCACCCGACAACGAGCUUUUCCUCGGACGAACCCAAGCAUCUCUCGGCCACCAACAGCCGCGAAUUCGAUGCCGUCUAAAAACCCCAAUUUCUUUCUGACCACAACUUUGGAUCGCCCAACUAAUGCGUCGGCCACACACUCUCCCGUUGAACCGAAUACCAUCCAACCUGUUAGGACAACUCCUCAACGUAACGCAAAUCCUACCUCUCUCUUUACUCCAUCGCUACCUCUUAGUCCCAUGUUCAGUUCAGGCAUACGUCCUCCAAACGCCAUCGACUGUGUUAACACUGAAACCCCAAAUUCAGUGUUCCGGUCAGAUUCAUCCAUAAAGCUUCAGCAUUCCCCUUUGUCUCAAACUGCUCCGAAGCAAUGUGCUACUAAACAGCUGGAACGGAGUGGAGCUUCGUGUUCCACAAAAAGUGCUUCUUCUGACUCCUUACACCCAUCGUCUUCUUCUUCCUCAUUUUCCCGAGCUUCAUCGGCCACUGCUCUGACGAACACCACAUCUGAGGAAGCAUCUGAAAAUGAAGUACCUCCGAAUCCCGCAACCACAGUUAUAACCGCCCAGCCAAAUGAUCAGAGUGUACCAAUAAUGAACUACGUUGGUGAAGAAGUUGUUAAUCAACUGGCUGUUUCAUAUCCUCCUAAUGGCUCACAAACUAACCACCUCAUAGAGGCUGAAGACCUGGAACGACCGCCAAUACCGCCCCCACGGUCUGCGUCGACUUUAGGUCAGAAUCGGUUACACCAGGAGCCAGCUCUUGGAUAUUUUGACGAGUUCAACCAAUGGGGACAUAUGUACCACACCAACACCGUACAGUCCCAUAUCCUGCCAGAUCAAAGGACACCAUGUAUCGUAUACAGUCCCCGAUUCCAUUAUUUCCCACCUGGCCCAUAUCUGCCAACAGAGAUGCUAUCCCUAAGAGGGGCUCCUGUUGUUUCCUCUCUUUCUCGCAACGACCCCAUGCGUGCCCAUGUGAUUCAACCCAAUCACAGGCGGUUCACUCCGUUCUAUAGUCAGUGUCGCCCCGGGUUCCUUCCAAUGGACAACUCUUAUUAUGUUCAAACAUCCGGCCUCAGUCCAGACGGGACACAUGAUUACAUUGGUUCAUCCGUGGAGGUAUCCUGUACGACACCUCUUCUCGGUCCUUCCUGUACACCCGGUCUGGCUUUAAACCAUUCUGCCGGCACAGUUCCGACAGUUGUGACCUCACCUUCGACUACAACAACUUGGGUCUCACACUCGACGGCCAAUUGGGAUGGGCAGCAGAAGGGUCAUCUAGCUGGGCAACCAGUUUCUGAGUCCGAUGUCUUUUGUAUGGACAGUGGGAACGCAAGGUCUUUGUCUCGUCCGAAACGGUCUCCUUCUGGGGGCUUUAUUGGUCCAGAGGAACUCAGUGAACCUGUUUGGUUAACUUCUGCAGACAGCAAAUCGACAUCCCCACCCCAGCCCCCCUUAUACUCUUUGGUUCAUCCAGGGCUACCCGAGUUCGAACGUUUCGUUGGUCCAUUUGAUUGGCCCAAGCAAUUAUUUAAACCUGAGCAAGAUGUGGCCAAUAUAAUGUCGUGGACCAAGGCUAAGUUUACCAAGCGUCUUUUGGUAUCGACGGACGCCUCGCUGAAAAAACAAGUAGCGAACACAUUCAAAAUGAUACAAUCGUUUAUGGGAGAUCGAAAGGCUCGACUCAGUCUACCGGAUUAUGGCUCGAUUAUCAUACACAGGGCGCUCAACUGCGUCGGUUUACGCGACGAACUGUUUGCGCAGUUGUGCAAACAGACAUCCUGCAACCCGGAUAUAAAGAGCCUGACUGAUGGAUGGGCUUUACUGUGCGUUUGUCUGUAUUACUUCCCACCAAAUAAUCAGUUUCGGGAUCCACUGAAAAACUAUUUAUCUGCGCGCGCUGAAGCUGCACUGACUACUGUGUUCUCUUCAGUGCAGUCACGGAUGGAGUCUAGUCUUGAAACUGCCGCUGCCAUUGCUUCCGGACUCACUCCACUCAUGUCUGAUUUUUCCGGACUGACAACCAACGGUAGCCCUGAUAAGCAAAACACGUGGAAAGUACUAAGAGGACAAGGCGGAAUUAAUGAGUCGACAAAAGUACACGACUUCUCGAGUGACCAUCCCAUUACGACAUCGUGCAUUCCAUAUCCAUUAGAUUUGCCAAUGGGGACUUUUGAGAGACCAAGCGCAGCACACUUUGCGCGAGUUGCACCGCGAUGGUUUCUGCGAUCUCUAAAUGUUGGGUCACGCAAGUUUCCAGAACCACCCUCAAUCGAUGAAAUCUGCCAUGUAAAAGAUUUUAUCUUGAAGCCUUGUAUAUUUGGAAGCUCUUUGGAUGAGAUUAUGCGUAUUCAAGCCUACCGAUUUCCGCACCUCAAACUACCAUGGAUCCAGAUUUUCCUUACGGAGGAAUUACUUCGAUUGGGUGGAUCUCGGACAGAGGGAAUUUUCCGUCUCUCUCCCGAUCUGGAUGUGAUAACGGAGCUCCGAUGUCAGCUUGAAAAGCUUUUUGAAAUUUUCCGUGUGACGUACAAUGCGAAUGUGGAUGGUGCACCCCAAAACGCAACUGAUCCGACUUCCUCAGAUCGAUUUGUGAUACUCCGCCCACCCCCAGUCAGUUGGUCAGCGUCCUUCUCACACUCAGAAUCACAAAUGCCGUUUCAAGACUCCAGCGAUUCGGUCAACUCAUCCCCGAACCCUAGCAUAGAGAACGCGAGCACUCUGACUGGCGAAUAUAAGUGGCCUGUGGUUCCUCUCCCUUUGAGCUCUCCACCCUCUGAGUACAUUCUACUCACACCCACAGCUCACUGGCCCCGUAGCUUACUCACAAUGGCAAAGCAAAGCCCUCUAGGGUUCAGUGCUCAUCAAGUGGAUGCACACUUAGCAGCUGGUCUGUUAAAGCUCUGGUUACGCGAGUUGGCAGAACCGCUUGUGCCACCCACCUUGCAACCAUUGUGCCUGAAAGCUGCGGCGGAGGCUGAGCUUUAUGAAUCACACUCCUCAAGUGAAGCACAAUUGACCAACUCCGCCGACCCGAAUCCAGUUCAAAAUUGUUGUCGUUUGAUUCGCAAAAUCCCGUUGCUGGAACGACGUUGUCUACUCUACUUGCUUUUAUUGCUUCAACGUUUGGCUAAACCGGAGAAUGCCUCCAUAUCUCUCAUGGAUCCGCGAAACCUGGCAACAGUGAUUGCACCAAACUUGAUGCGAUCUAGCAGUACGGACCCAAAAGAAUUGCUGGAGAAUAUUCGGCCACAGACUUUGUUUGUCCGUCUCCUAAUUUCGCAUCUAGACGUUCAGGAAGAAAUACAGGCACUUAUAAAUGAUGAGCAACCGGCUUAUGUUGGUUGGUCUACUGCAUCCACGGUGCCUGCCACUCCUCCCGAGAAUCCGUCCAACCAUCCCAAAUCAGACUGAUAUACUUAUCCUUGGAGCUUCGCGUCUUUCAUACCUUAGCCACCUACAACCCUAUGACGGUUCUUAUGCUCGCUAACUGUGAUUGUUGGACGUGUUCCUCUCUCCGGCUGUACCCUGUUUAUUCGUCAAUGAGCAUUUGCAAGCGCCUAAUAUCACAUCAGCCAUCUAUAUAUCUCGUGGCUCUUGAUAUAGAAACCUUAACGCAUUUCGAUUAAAUUGUCCCAUAAAUCUGAUCCACACCCUUCACGCGUUCCUCCUGGUUUUCUCCGCUCAACCUCAUCUCGUCCAAUGUGCUUUCGAUUAUGCAUUUCUCAACCAAAUGCAUUAAACUUCACCCACUGUGCAAUCACCCUCACCACCCUCAUCCAUCCCGCGCCGAUGAGAGCGCACCACUUUCUCCCUAUUUCUUCGUAGAAAACUUUGCCCUACAACUAAGGGUAACUUUGGUUCAUGAAUAUGUACCUUCUUGGGUUGCUUUUUCAUCUUUGAUAUUGCAUGCCAGUACUAUUGAUUUUCAAAUUACGUAUCGGAUUUGUUUUUUUUCUUGUUUCAUUUUUAAAGUCCAUUCUACUGUCGACUAUGGGCAGAUAACGUUUUUUGUCCAAUCCGUAUUCACACAUUUUCCUAAUAGACGUCCUUUUCAGGUUACCUAUGUAUCCGAGUGCACCCUAAUGGUACGUGUUGAUCGCAUGUUUUGUCUGAUUCCUCCUCGUCAGUUGUUCCUCCACACUGUACGCCUCCAGGGUUGUUUGCGAGUUUUGUAUUCUCCAUCACGGUUUCGAUACACC